CUUGGUCACACCAUCGGUUUUCUACGCAGCUCUGAUAAGCUCAUCGAAUACGGAUUGAAGUAUACUGGAAACAACCACGAGGUCUUUGGCGUACAAACCGUUGACCGAAAACUAUAUAUUGUCACCGACCCACAAGAUGUCUCAGCCGUGUUCAGGGACACCGCCUCGCUGGGAUUUGACGGUUAUCUGAAUGAGCUUCUUAUCAGCUUUGGCUUUACUAAAGAGGCCAUCAAGAAGAUCUGGCACAAGCCAUCAGAUGAUGAUGAAAAGAUGGUCAGCGAGACCAUCAACCCAGAAAGGAUGAACUUUAUCCAUCUGGCCGAGGACAUCUUCAAGAGACAGCUUCUCCAAGGAGAAAAGAUGGAUAGAAUUCGAGAUGAUAUCAUGAACACACUGCAUCAGUCUAUCCAAUGGAGGCAGUUGGACUUCUGCACAAAAUCUUUCAACGGGAACGGGAGACAAAUCUCACUCUACUCCCUUUGUCGCUUCACGAUGGUCGAGGCGGCUACAAGAUCACUAUUCGGAUCACACUUACACAACCUGAACCCGGAUAUUGUCGAGAACAUGCUGAGCUUCGGUGAUCAUGCUUGGCAAGUCAUCUUUCGACUUCCAACCUUCUUGAAUCUCGAUGUCACAGCACCACGGAAGAAGCUCAUGGAUGCGCUGCGCGUGUUUGUCCAGCUCCCCGAAAGCCAGAGAUCAGAACAGGCUUGGGCUAUCAAGAAUGUCCUGGACGCCUCGGAUUCAUUCGAUAUCGAUUUCGAGUCACGUGCAUGUGUUAUACUCCUCAUGUACUGGGCUGCCAACGCAAAUGAACACAACAUUGCUUUCUGGGUGAUUGCCCACAUUCUAUAUGAUGAAAAUCUGCUGGAGUUGGUCAAGAGGGAGACGGAAGCCGCCUGGCCAAAUGGCACUCUCGACAUCAACUAUCUCUCUGCCAACUGUCCCCACCUUGAAGCGGCCUUCAAUGAGGCUUUACGUUGCUAUGGCGGAGCCGUCAUCAGCCGUAAAGUGCUUCGAAAGACAAUCAUUGGAAACAAGGAACUACAGCCCGGGCAUGCAAUCAUCAUGCCUUCCCGUCAACUCCACAUGAACGAGAGCGCAUGGGGCUAUGACGCAAGGGAGUUUGAUCACACCCGUUUUCUGAAGAACAAGUCUUUGGAUCGCCAUCCCGCCUUUCGGCCUUUUGGAGGCGGUGUGACUUACUGCCCCGGCCGCGUGUUGGCCAAGCAGCAGGUCUAUGGUAUGGUGGCUAUUCUCUUCCGCCGCUUUGAUAUGAGGUUGGCGAUGAGCGGCAACGGGAUGAAGUCCCAGUUUCCUAAGCUUGACGAUACCACGCCCCGGCUUGGUAUUGCUGACCCCGCCAAGGGGAUGGAUGUUCUUGUUGAUAUGUGGGAGAAAUGA